GAAGUACAGCAAAAACAACAUUUCAUUGUGUAAUAUUGAGGCAUUUCAACAAGCUGAAAUUCCACUAUUGUCAUGUCUGAAAUCAAUCUUGAUUUAUAUUAUGAUGUCUUACUGAAUUUAGUGAUGCAGGCAGGAAAGAUGAUCAAUGAAAAUAUAUCAUCAAGAAAUAAAGAGAUUGAAUGUAAAUCUAGCACCACGGAUUUCGUUACCAAAACCGAUAAGGCUGUUGAGAAGCUGCUUAUUGAUAACAUUUCGAAACAAUUUCCUGAUCACAAGUUUAUAGCAGAAGAAUCUUACUCUGGCGAAAAAAUUUUAACAGACGAUCCCACCUGGAUAAUAGAUCCUAUCGACGGAACAAUGAAUUUCGUUCACUCAUUUCCACACUCCUGUGUUUCGAUAGCGCUAUUCGUCAAUAAAAUCCCGGAAAUUGGUGUCAUUUACAAUCCCACGCUGGAACAACUUUUUACAGCUAGGAGGGGUCGGGGUGCUUUCUUGAAUGGACGACCUAUCAGAGUUUCUGGCAAAAAGGAGUUGUCAGAAGCUCUUAUUAUGAUGGAAGUUGGUGGCAGAGAUCCCGAGAAAAGGAGGGUGGUUGAUGAAAAUCAAAAGAUAUUGAUGCCCCAGAUACAUGGCUUGAGAUCAUUAGGAUCAGCAGCCCUAAAUAUGGCGAUGGUAGCUUGCGGGGCAGCUGAGGCAUACUUUGAUUUCGCUUUGCAAAUUUGGGACAUUGCUGCAGGUGAACUAAUCAUAACUGAAGCUGGAGGGGUGAUAAUGGACCCUGCCGGCGGGGAAUUACAAAGAUUUUCCAGGAGAGUUUUGGUGGCAAGCUCAAAAGAAAUGGCCGAGAAUUUGAUUCGAAACAUUGUCCAUUUUUAUCCCACAUCGUCGACGACAUAUUAGGUGAAUAAAUGUGAAAGCCUGGA